AUGCCCAGUUUGUUCUUGGUGCCUCCUGGGAUUAAGAGGAAUGGGCAGCAUUGCCGAGUGGAGACUUCAGACGACUGCAAGGUUUUCCAGACUCCUGGGGAUCCAAAAAACAGGGGCUUGCAAGUCCUUUCCUUCACAACAUAUCUGUCCAUUCCCCCAAGGAGUCAGGAGGAUCUCCCCCUUCUAUCUUACCCUCACAACAAGUCUGUGAGUGGCAUUUGUGGAAGACGUCCUUUGGCCCCCAGCCAUGGUGGGUCAAUACGAGUUAUUGGAGGCACAAAUGCUCUGCCGGGAACGUGGCCUUGGAUGGUCAGCAUCCAGAUCCCAGAUAUCGAAGGGUACAAGCAUAUUUGUGGAGCUUCCCUCAUCAGCCCUCGCUGGGUUCUCACUGCAGCCCACUGCUUCAUGUAUAAACAGUAUGUGGAACUGAAACAUAUGAAGCUGGUCAUUGGUGCUACGCAGCUUUCUCAGCCAGGGCCUGAUGUGCAGGAGCGCACCAUCAAGAAUCUGGUGGAGCACGCGCAGUACAACAACAAGACAGUCUUCGGUGAUAUCGCCUUGAUGGAGCUGAAUAAACCUGUCAAUUGCACUGACUACAUCCAGCCUGCCUGCCUGCCGGACAGUGAUGUGGACAUGUCAACACUCACCCACUGCUAUGUCAGUGGCUGGGGCAUCACCGAUGUGACAAGGCCAUCACAGACAGCAGACGUCAUGCAAGAGGCCAAAGUAAACCUCAUUCCCCUCGACGUCUGCAACAGCAGUGACUGGUACAAUACACGGAUCCAUUACAACAAUCUGUGCGCUGGAUAUGAGCAGGGAGGAAUUGACAGCUGCCAGGGCGACAGUGGCGGCCCCCUCGUGUGCAGGGAAACACGGUCAGAGCGCUUCUGGGUUGUUGGAGUCACCAGCUGGGGGGCCGGCUGCGCCAAGGCACGAAGACCAGGUGUCUACUCCGCCACACACCUUUUCCUGGACUGGAUCAAACGAAAUACCAAGGAUAAAUUUUUGAGUCCUUUUCGCCCCCCGGGAUCAUUCACCAGGCCCCAAAAAACUACCACUUCCACUCCAAAACCAAAACGCAAACCUUGGAAACCACCCAUAUCCCGGGAGGAGAUUCAGAAGUUUGAAAACUGGCAUUUAAACAGAACAAACACGAAGCUGUUUUACACCGAGUCAGGCCCUUGGUCCAUCCAGGUGAGUAUUGUCUACUCCAGCUGUCGGUGGCUCUCCAGGGUCACCUUGGUGGAUGACCUGACCUGGGAGUAG